AAGAAGAGAGCGCGCGCGCUCGCGGAGACUGGAGGCUCGAGCGAGUAUCAGUGCGCGAGCUCCAGCACAGCGCCUCAGAGUAACGGUUUUUUCUCUCUGAGGUAAAUAAUCCGGAACAUGCGAUGCGUUUAUUGUGAUCUGGUGCUAAUAUUUUGAUGGUGAAACGGUGAAGACGUCGCCGUGUCCGUACACCGAGACCGGAGGGAUGUAACGUUAUAAACGGAGGAUGCUGCUAACCGUAAGGCUGCGACUGGACCCACAGAACCGUGACAGAACCCUCACAGAACCGGACAGAACCGGACAGAACCCACAGAACCGUGACUGGACCGUGACGGGAUGUUUGUGUGCUAUAAAGCUGUGAUGUAGCCGCUCAGCUCCGACACCAUGCAGCUGUGUUGCUGCUUAAAGCACAAUGGAGGCUGAGAGAGAAAUCCUGAGGUAAAAAAAGGGCAAUAAAGCCUUAAUAAUGACUUUCCUGAUACCUUUUUGUCCUGGAGUGAAUGUCACGCGUUAUUCCGUUAUACAGGCUGCAGAAAUGACCUGUCCUCCUCCUCCUCUUCAUCAUCAUCACCACCAUCAUCAUCAUCGCCUCUGAUCAAAGGGACGCUGAAACAGAUCCGGAUCGAAUCUGAUCGCAUCUCAUCAUUUUAUUCUUUUAAAUAAUAAUAUUUGAAUGAUUUAUUUUUCCUAAAUGGCUGCGGCACGGAAAAUUAAAACUUUGCUGACGGUGAACAUCCUGGUGUUUGUCGGCAUCGUGUUGUUCUCGGUGUACUGCCGGAUCCAGGACCGGUCCGAGGAGCUCGUGCAGCUCGGGCGGUCGGCGGAGGCGCGCGCGCGGACCCGACAGGGCAGAGUCACGGACACCGACCGGCAGUCCAUCCUGCAGAGACUGGAGAGGCUGGAGGACGUGGUGUACAACCAGCUUAACGGAGUGUCGAAGGCGAUGGGGCUGUUGGAGGGUCCUGGAGGUCUCGGACAGGGCGGAGCUGCAGCUACACUUGGAGGUGAAAGUCCCGAAGGUGGGGGCAAAUAUGAAGAGUACGGCUACAACGCACAGCUGAGCGAGCGCAUCUCUCUCGACAGGAACAUUCCUGACUACAGACCUAAAAAAUGUAAACAGCUGGCGUAUUCUGACGACCUGCCACAGAUCUCGGUGGUGUUCAUCUUUGUGAAUGAAGCUCUGUCGGUGAUCCUGCGCUCCGUACACAGCGUGGUCAAUCACACACCGGCUCACUUGCUCAAGGAGAUCAUCCUGGUGGACGACAACAGCGACAGCGUGGAGCUGAAGUAUAACUUGGAUCAGUAUGUGAAUAAACGUUAUCCGGGAUUAGUGAAGAUCGUCAGGAACUCAAAGAGGGAAGGUCUGAUCCGAGCUCGGAUUCACGGCUGGAACGCUGCUACGGCUCCUGUAGUGGGCUUCUUCGAUGCGCAUGUGGAAUUUAACACAGCUUGGGCCGAGCCGAUCCUGUCCCGGAUAAAAGAAGAGCGAACUCGGAUAAUCCUGCCUGCAAUAGACAACAUCAAAUACAACACCUUCGAGGUGCAGCAGUAUGCUAACGCCGCUCACGGCUACAACUGGGGCCUGUGGUGCAUGUACAUCAUUCCUCCUCAGGAUUGGCUGGAUAAAGGGGACGAGACCGCCCCCAUCAGAACUCCUGCGAUGAUUGGCUGCUCGUUCGUGGUGGAUCGUGAGUAUUUUGGAGACAUCGGCCUCCUGGAUCCAGGCAUGGAGGUUUACGGAGGAGAGAAUAUUGAGCUGGGGAUGAGGGUGUGGCAGUGUGGGGGCAGUAUGGAGGUUUUGCCCUGUGCCCGAGUUGCUCACAUAGAACGCACUAAGAAACCCUACAACAAUGACAUCGACUACUACGCCAAGCGGAACGCCCUGAGGGCCGCUGAAGUCUGGAUGGAUGAGUUUAAAUCCCAUGUCUACAUGGCCUGGAACAUCCCAAUGAAUAAUCCUGGAGUGGAUUUUGGAGACGUGUCAGAGCGAGUGGCCCUGAGGAACAGACUGAAGUGUAAGAGCUUUCGCUGGUACCUACAGCACGUUUACCCAGAGAUGAGGAUCUACAACAACACCAUCACAUAUGGCGAGGUGAGGAACAGUAAAGCGAGUGGUUAUUGCCUGGAUCAAGGCUCAGAGGAUGAUAACAGAGCGAUACUUUACCCCUGUCACGGCAUGUCGUCUCAGUUGGCUCGGUAUUCUACAGAGGGUCUCCUGCAGUUAGGACCCUUGGGCUCCACCACGUUUCUACCAGACACCAAGUGCCUGAUUGACGACGGACGGGGUCGAACUCCGACCUUAAAGAAAUGUGACGCGGUGUCGCGAUCCUCACAGAGACUUUGGGAUUUCACACAGAACGGUCCGAUCAUAAACAGAGACACUGGGCGCUGUCUGGAAGUGGAGAUGUCUAAAGAAGCCAGUUUUGGCCUGCGGUUGGUUAUGCAGCGCUGCUCAGGACAGAAGUGGAUGAUACGGAACUGGAUUAAACACCCGAGACACUGAGGGAUCUGAACACACUGCCUCCUCUCCGUCUGUGUGAUGGACCCCAGCAUCACGUCACGGUGGUGUGUGUGUGUGUGUGUGCGUGUGCGUGUGCUCGGCCCAGACUCAGGCUGAGACACUGUUUUAUCUGCAGGCCGUCCAGACGGGACAUAAAGACAUAAAAAUGAUGAUAUUUAGGAGUUGAGGGUUGAACAGGACGCUCUGGAGGAACACACAUUGUUUGCACAACCAGUGUUUCCAAACAGACUGCUGCUGGAGUUAGUGAUACCUGAACUACUGUUACAGACGUACACACUCAAACACACAACAUUUUAAAAUGACAAACACUCAUCUGUUCAUUUCUAACCAGCUCCUCUCUGUCUGCCCUUGGGUCUGUGCUUCAGUCUUGUAUCAUGAUGUCAUCAGCUGUUCAGUGAGCGAUCAAGUCACAUCACGGUUUAAUACAAACACCAGCUGACACACACACACACACACACACACACACAACACAAAAUCACGCCAGCACUGAUUCUCACUGAUCCAGUGUAACCCCUGACACUAGCAACCAACACACAACGAUUCCGUGUUUUGUGUGUGUGUGCGUGUGUGUGUGUGUGUGUGUGUGUGUGUGUGUGUGUGUGUGUGUGUGUGUGUGUGUGUGUGUGUGUUUGUGACACAGAGCCAUGAUUCUGCUGAGAAAUUUUUUUUAAUUUGCUCUUGAACAGUAGCUGUGAUACAGUGAAGCGACACCUGAUCGACUCCAGAGAAUUCUAAUCCUACACUCGAGGUUAUAAUUUUACAAUAAUUGGGUCUUUGUUUAAAGCACUAUGCAAAUAAAAUAAAAUUACAGCUAGUCAAAGCUUAGGCCUCGUUCGACUGCAGUCAUCACACAGAAUCAAAUCGUCCAGUGAAAUGAAUAAUGACAGUGUGUCUUUUAACUAAAUCCUAUCUCUCUCUUCUGUGCUGUGUCCCAAUUCACCUGCUAUUCAUCCUAAAUAGUGUCACAGUUAGUGUGUCCUAAAUCGUAGUGUGUAGAACUGAGUAACCAUAAGUACAUGGACGGUUUACCGUCUCCAGACGAUUAGUUUAGCGCAGUUUAUCCCUGGACUCUUUGUCAGCUAAUAUUACCCAUAGUUCCUUGCACCAUGGAGGAGAAGUGGGUCAAAUUGCACCUGCAUACAUAGUGGACAUGUGGGAAAAUAAGUCAGAUGAAUGCUAAAUGAUAUUAUAUAGUAAAUGUAUACUAUAUAGUAAGGAAUAAUGAAUGAAGAAAAGCUGAACAAAAAGAGUUCAGACUUUAGUGUAUAGUGUCAGUAGAAGGACUGAAAUAUAACGUGUUUAAACAUAAUCAGAAACAUCAUCCUUCAUCAGUGUUGUGACUGAUGAUGGACAAGAUGACUAACGGGCCAUUUAUUUUAUUACUGGUUAAUCCACAUAAUGUGACAGUGAUGUGUAAUUAGCAUGAACACAAGGGCAGCAACAAGGAACCUUUUACACAAGAACCAACAUCUGGUCCAGCUGAAGGCUGAGAAUGUCCAAACACACACUAUCACUGUAGCACUAGUACAUAUAAGUGACGUGACAUACGGCUAAGUACGGUGUCCCAUAGAAUUUGUUCUCUGCAGUUAACCCAUCCAAAGUGCACACACACAGUAGUGAA